AUGCAACCAUAUUCACUGUUCACUAUUAAAAUGUCUGCUGGAGCUGUCCGUGCUCCGCUUAUUAUCCCUUUGAGGAGUCCAGACUCUGGGCUGUAUAAAUCACACUUGGAUACAAACACUUAUCUCGAGCUUACGUGUGAUACUCCAAAUGUGGGUAUCUACUUUACAAUCAAUGGAAGUAAGCCAAUGGUUGCGAAAAGUCGGAAGGAACUUACCAAGACUGGAACUUAUAAGUUUUAUAAGCCAUUUACUUUGCCACCUGGUUGCCACAUUUUACGAGCAGUAGCAGUCUCACUGGAAAAUGGGAAUGAAAGCAGUGUAGUUACGAAGACAUUCGAUGUGGUCAAAGCCAAAACUUAUCAGGACGGCGACAAGGCAGAUCAUGUAGAUGACUAUGGUUUUCUCAAUGAGCUCAAGUCAUCCGGUUAUAAACAUCGAACACAGAUGUCGGAUAUUGAUCAUCUUGUCACCCGUGAUUCAACUGGUCGUUUUGUGGAUAAAAGUGAAGAGAAUGUCCAGAAAUGCACUUCAGAUAAAAAAUGGUUUCAUGUAAUGAAGAAACCUACUAAAGAUCAAGAAAAUCAAGUGGACUUUAGAAAUGAACGGACAUUAUCAGCAAACAGACAAAAUGAUAAUGGCUCAGUUAGGUCAUCAUUGAUUGAUGAAUAUCCGGAACUUUCAUCUCAUAUGAUCAAUAGAUUGCAGCAGAAGACAGAUAUUUUACGGUGCCCAUACUGUCAUCAUCCCAGGCCACUGAGUCGCAAACAAAACUACUGCUUUCAUUGUGGCAUGAAUCUGCCUGUUCCAUCUUUGCCAAAGCGUGAUCCUUAUGCAUUAGAGAACAUUGGUGUUUGCCCAUACUGUAAAGCCCAUAUACCAGUAAACCUACCUAGCUGCUUAGUAUGUGAAGCUCCAUUGCAGAUGUCUCAAAUACAAAAAUAUGGACAGUAUCCUAAAGAAUCUCGUUUGUGUACAACUUGCGGAACCAUGAAUCCCACUGAUAUAAGGAGUUGUGUAAUGUGUGAGGCACGAUUAUCAACAGAUGCUACUAAUGUCAUACUUUCAGGCGUACAAUCAGCGUAUGAUUCUCGUCCACCUGUACCUCAUUCACACGAAGGAAAAAUGAAAUAUUCAGAAUUGGGUAAAUUUGUACGAUUUUCUACCUGUGCUUACUGUAAUCGUGAAAAUAAUCCUGAUGCACGUUACUGUGAUUGGUGUGGUCUAGAAGUGCCAAAACAGUGUUCACAACAAUUCAAUAGUGAAUUAAGAUCUGCAGAUAGUAACCAACAAAAUAUUGAUACAAACACUCUUGGUGCAAGCCAAAAUGUACCACUCAAUGUGCAUCAUAAUCGGUUAGAUUAUGAUGAUAAUCAUAAUAGUAAUAAUAAGAAACCAUUUCUAAGCAGUGAUUUUAUUCAUUGCAUAAAAUGUGACUUACCGAAUCCAAAAGAAGCGAAUUAUUGUUCUUAUUGUGGAUUAAAUCUAAUGCCACCUCCACGCUGUACUCGAUGGUAUCCAACUAGUCAUACACCAGGUUAUAAUGAACUCGAGAUAGAAAACCAAUCAGAAAAACCUGUUCCACAAUACAGAUCUAUACAAACUGUUGUUGCGAAUGUAUCUACACAAACUGUUGGUCUAUUCUAUCCAAGUUCAACUGACUUACGGCGUCAAGAUCAAUUGGCUCAAAAUCGUUCAGUACCAGAUGUGCAGUUAAGAGAUAGAACACCUAUUUUAACUACAGUUAGUCCUGGAAAAGGAUUUUGGCGCAAACAACUGGAUCAUAUUUUUGCACAUUUAAAACUAUAUACAAAUAAUAAUUCAGAGUUUCGUGCUUCUAUCGGUCAACCAAGAUUUGGCAAACUUUUGUCUGCUGACUUGUGUGAGGCAUCAAACCAAGCGAAAAUUACAUUGAUAUAUUCGCUAUCAAAUGAUAAGAAGAAUAAUAUAUCUGAAACUGGUAAUCAUACAACUUCAAGUAAAAUCACUCUCGAUUCUGAUUACGAUGAUGAUAAACUUUCACACUUAAACAAAUAUCCAAGUCAACUAAAACAAAACCCAGAUGAUCUACGGAAAAUUAAUGGCCAAGAUGGUUUCAAAGAGCAACAAUCAAGUAAUGGUAAAUUAUACGUUAGACAAUCGCCUUCUUCAUUUCCUUUGAAGGAUGAGGACCAAUAUGAAACAAUGCGUUCAAGUCCAAAUCGGAAAGAUCAUACAUACGGUAUUAAUGUUACCCAAUUACCUCCUAAAUCUCCUCAGGAAGUCUAUGAGAAUAAAAGUAAGACUAGUUCAAUAGAACCAGAGGAAGAUGAAUCAAGGCAUAUUACAAAAUCAAAUAAAUCUAUAAGUUCAACGAGACAAGACAAGUCGUCUCGAUUACAUUCAAAUCCCCAUGCACAAUAUGGUGAAACGGGUGUUGCUCUACUAAGAAAUUCCAAGUUAUCAACUUCAGAUGUUAAUCUACUAUAUGCUCUGAGUCAACGUAAUAUCGAUAUACAUGAAGUUAAGCGUCUUCUCAAAGAAGGUGCCAAUCCAAACUGUAUGAAUGCUGCUAAAGAAACCCCGUUAAUUUGUGCUGUACGUCAUGGUCAUGUUGAAGCAAUAUCUGUAUUAGAAGAAAAUGGUGCAAAAAUUGAUACUGCUGCAACAUCAAUUGGUAACACAGCACUACACGAAGCUGUCCUACGUGGUAUGGACGGAUUGGAUUUAGCUAGGGAGCUAUUAAGAUGUGGCGCAAAUAUGAAGGUAGAAAACAGUCGUAAAGAAACUCCUCAUUCCAUAGUACUACGUUCGAAUUGUGAACCAUUAAUUCGACUAUUUGCUUUACAUUUAGGUCAUCAGCAAUUGAAAGAAUUGACUGAGGAUACUGAUAAUCAAAGUGAUCUAA